GGUUCCUCUCCACACCGGCUGUUCCUCGACUGACAUCAGAGGAGGUGAUUCAGAUGCGUAAUGAGCUCUUCACCAAAGAGAAAGAGAGGCAGUCGUCUCUUUAUCCACGAAUUGAGAAAAUCGAAGUAAAAUAUACUGGGAAAUCGCACCCUGGCAGCGUGUUUGUCAUGAACAAAGCUUUGUCUACUCCCUACAAUUGUGCCAUGCACUUAAGUGAAUGGCAUUGCAAGAAAUCCGUUCUAGCUCUUGUGGAUGGCGAAGUCUGGGACAUGUACAGACCCUUGACCAAAUCAUGUGAAAUUCAGUUCCUUACUUUCAAAGAUGAAGAUCCAGAGGAGGUAAACAAGGCCUACUGGCGCUCAUGUGCCAUGAUGAUGGCUUGUGUGUUAAAGCGAGCUUUCAAGGAUGAGUACUCAGUGAGUCUGCUUAAAGCUCCAGAAGUGCCAGUGAUCUCUGGAGCUUUCUGUUAUGACAUAAUUUUGGACAGUAGACUGAAUGACUGGAAACCAACAAAUGACAACUUCCGUUCUCUUACAAGGGAUGCCAGCAAGCUAAUUCUUAAAGACCUGCCAUUUGAAACACUGAGUGUUGAAGCAAAAGUAGCACGUGAAAUGUUUCAGCACAACAAGUGA